AUGCAAACUUUCCACUCAUUCAUCUCUUCCUCUCUAUUCCUCCAUUUAUCUCUCUCUCUCUCCCUUUUCACCCAUUCAUCUCUUCCUCUCUAUGUCUCCAUUCAUUUCUCUUCCUCUCUAUUCCUCCAUUUAUCUCUCUCUCCCUCUCCCCACAUUCAUCUAUUCCUCUCUCUGUCUCCAUUCAUUUCUCUUCCUCUCUCCCCCUCUAUUUAUCUCUCUCUCCCCCUCUCCACACAUUCAUCUAUUCCUCCAUUUAUCUCUCUCUCUCUCCCUACACAUUCAUCUAUUCUUCUCUAUUCCUCCAUUUAUCUCUCUCUCCCUAAUCAUUUCUGCCUCUCUAUUCCUCCAUUUAUCUCUCUCUCUUCACCCAUUCAUCUCUUUCUCUCUCUGUCUCCAUUCAUUUCUCUCUCUCCCUCUAUUUAUCUCUCUCUCCCUCUUCACACAUUCAUCUAUUCCUCCAUUUAUCUCUCUCUCUCUCUACACAUUCAUCUAUUCCUCUUUAUUCCUCCAUUUAUCUCUCUCCCCCUAAUCAUUUCUUCCUCUCUAUUCCUCCAUUUAUCUCUCUCCCUCCUACACACAGUCAUCUUCUCUUCCUCUCUUAUUUUCUGUGCAUAUCUUCCUCUCUAUUCCUCCAUUUAUCUCUUUCUCUCAUUGUCUCCACACAUUUCUAUCUAUAUAUCCAAAUUCUCACUUUCUUCCGUAACUAUUUUUCUCCCUCUCCAAUAUUUUCUGUCCACCCAUUCCCCUGUCUCUAUCUACCAGUUUUCCUCCUUCUCUAUUCAUUCUCUCUAUCAACAAAUUUCUCGCUCUCUCUCCCUACAUUUCUCUUUUUCUAUCCGCCCAUUUCCCUCCCCAUCCAUCACUUUUUCUCUGUCCACCCAUUUCCUUACCUCUCCAUUUAUUACUUUUUCUCUUUCUCUCUGUCUAUCUAUCCCGUACUUUUCCUUCCCUCUCUAUCGAUUGAAUCUCUCUUGUCAUCUAUCUAUUCACAUAUAUUUUCUUCAUCUAUAG